UUUCCCUGUCGCAGACUGAGCGAGCAUCGGCGUUCUCCGGACAGGAGACCAGGCCAGAGCCCCGCGCUCCAUCCCAGCUCUCCCCGUACCGCCCGCUCUGCUUGUCCUCCCCGGGCUCCCACCCUGCCUCCUCUCCUUCCCCCUCCCGCCGCCGUACGACCUCCAAGCCUCCCUCUCUGUCUCCCUCCUCCUCUCCCCCUCCUUUUUUCCUUUCAGCCGGCUGCCAGGGAAAUGUUGUCAGAAAACAAAGACUGUGUGCCAGAGAGUGAAGAUGCUGUGAUGGAACCAGCGGAGAAUCAGACCGAGGGAGAUCCCCAGGAAGCUGUGCCUCCCCAACCUUCAGAUGACUCCGGUGAGGCAGAUGACAAAAAAGAGAGUACAUCUGCACCACGAACUUUCAAGAGGAAGAUCUCUGUUAUAUCUGCCACUAAAUGUCCCAAGCAGUCUUCACCAGCAUCUACCACAAACAGUGAAAAUGAGGGUGUUCACCCAGCUAGACGCAGGCGCUGGGGAGCUAGUACAGCCACCACACAGAAAAAGCCCUCUAUUAGUAUUUCAACAGAGUCUUUGAAGAGUCUUAUCCCAGAGAUAAAAGAAAUCAAGCAGGAGGCAGUGGUGGAUCUUCAUGCAGAAGACACACACAUUUCAGAAGAUGAAGUAGAACGGAAUGGAGAUGACAACUCCCAUGACAAAGGUCUUAAAAUAUGCAGGACAGUAACACAGGUGGUACCAGCAGAGGUCCAGGAGAAUGGCCAGGAGCCAGAAGAGAAGGAGGAGGAGGAGGAGGAGGAGGAGGAAGAAGCUGCUACUGCAGAAAUAGAAGCUCCUCCAAUGGAGACAGAAGUUACUCCACCAAUUGAACAAGAAGUAAAAAAGCCACCUCUGGAAAGUCCAGCUCGAGCAGAGGUCAGAGUCACAUUGGGAGAUACUCUUCUGAGAAGAUCUAUAAGUCAGCAAAAGACUGGAGUCUCUAUCACUAUCGAUGAUCCUGUUAGAACACAGUCACAGCUACCUUCACCACCCCGUCGUAAAGUCAGCUGCAUCGUUCACAUCUGUAACUUGGUUCGACCUUUCACUUUGGGGCAACUGAAAGAGUUACUUGCUCGCACUGGUACGUUGGUGGAAGAAAAUUUCUGGAUUGACAAAAUUAAAUCCCAUUGUUAUACCACGUACUCCACAGUGGAAGAAGCAGUUGCCACAAGGAACUCUCUUCAUGGUGUGAAGUGGCCCCAGUCAAACCCCAAAUUUCUCUCUGUGGAUUUUGCGGAGCAAGAUGAGUUGGAUUUCCACAGGGGACUUCUUGUGGAAAGACCUCCAGAACCAAAAUUAGAAGAGCCUCCUCACGCUCACUCCCAUGCACAUGUUCCUACUUCAAGAAGUGAGCACAGAGAACAUGAACGAGGAGUACGAGAACAAUGGGCAGAGAGAGAAAGAGAAAUGGAGAGGCGGGAGAGAACUCGUUCAGAAAGGGAAUGGGACAGAGACAAAAUUCGUGAAGGUCCUAGGUCACGAUCUCGAGACCGCAGGCGCAAAGAGCAUGCCAAAUCAAAGGAGAAGAAAAAUGAGAAGAAAGAGAAAGUUCAGGAGGAACCUCCGGCAAAACUUCUGGAUGAUUUGUUCCACAAAACCAAAGCUGCUCCCUGUAUAUAUUGGCUGCCUCUUACAGAUGAUCAGGUUAUGAAAAGGGUUGCUGACCAAGCGGAACGCACAAAGGCUCGUGAAAAGCGACGCAAAGAGCUAGAGGAACAGGAGGAAGAGGAGAGGAAAGAGCGUGCUAAAGAGCGGGAAAAAGAAGCUGAGCGUAGCAGAGACAGAGCACGUGAGGCUGAACGGGAAAAAAGGAGAGAGCACAGCAGGGAACGUGUCCGUGAGAGAGAACGUCGGGAUCCCAAGAGACACAGCAGGAGCCGUAGCAGGAGUACACCAGUCAGAGAUAGGGGAGGAAGACGUUGACCGAAUACUGUUUGUGCCCAUAUCCCCAUCACCUGACUGCUUCAGGCCUGUCCAGCACAGACAGAGUUAAAGGUGUAAAGUUCUGUACAAUUGUACGGCAGCGAAGUGGAACAUGUUGGUUCUUCCACAUGUGAGAGGUUGGUCAAAAUAAAGGGGAAUGGGAUACGCUCCUUCCAAAGGAAUCUGGAAGCUCUCUUUGCUUCCAAAUACCAUUGGCAUCCUUGCCCCUGUAAAUCUAUUUCCUGCCCUUCUAUUUUGCCCCCUCCAUUCUCUGUGGAUGUAGAUUUACAGAAUAUGAACAUCUUAUUACUUGUGAGCAGUUUGUGCAAUGAGGGUCCCUUCCCCUGUUAACCCUCUACCUGCCAUUUACUUAGGAUAGUUUUCCUAUAAUGGCACAAAUGGGGUUACUAUUCCUCCUUUUCCCAAUAAACAUUUUUUAUUUUAUUUUUCCCCCUCCUUAUUUUAUUUUUUUUUAUUAUUAUAAAUGAAGUGGAUAUAAGAAGAAUAAAAUUCUGCGUUAGUUUUAUCUUUGUCUGGAAAGUGCGUGUGAGACUCUUAACAAUUUGUGCAGGUGUUCCGGGUAUGUUAAUUUGAUAUGGUGUGCCUUAAAGGCAAUUAAGAAUUUGCAUAGAUCAAGUAGGGCAGGUUUUGAAAAUGUAUGGUGCAAGAAAAAAAUGCUUUUGUAAAUUUGUACAUUUAACUGUAUGUUAAUACAAUAUACUUCAUGUAUAUUGACCGUAAAGGGUGAAGUAUACUGCCACUGAAACCGUAAUAAGAUAAAUGCUUACUUUGCUUUUGAAA